AUGAUAACGGGUCGAAUAGCGCUCCAAUCGACGGGCGAAAGGGAACCAGAGCAGCAAGCAUCACAACAAGAGACAUUCCCCGCCACAACAGUUCCACAGGCACCUUAUACCCCUUUGGAAACUGAUGAACUCGGUCGAUCCAAUCAGGGGUAUGCUUUCCUAGCCGUCGGCCUCAGAUGGACGAGACAAAGAACGCAACUCAGGGGGCGAGAACUCAGAGAGGUGGAGGUCCGGACAAGGCUAGAGCCAAGCAGAGGGAUGGAGUAG